GAGCGAGAGCAGACGGGUGCACCUCUCUGUGCACAGACUCUGAACUGUGGAUACAUUUUUAUCCUGGAACCAACAAACCAGACUUCUCUCCUCUAGGACUUUGGAUGUUCCAUCUAAACUUCUUACUUCUGCGAUUGUUAUUCCUUUGGAAUACAUUUUUUCUAGCCAUUUGAUCUUUCUGUUCAUGUGCUGUAAGCAGGAUGCUUAGCCCUGCUACUAUGCAGCAGAUCAUUUUCACCCUGUUUGUGCUUGGCAGCGCUGCAGUGAUGGCAGAGAGUGAGUGCCCGGCUGAGUGCUCCUGCCCCCCCUCACCCCAGCCGUGCCCGCCGGGCGUCAGCUGGGUGACCGACCACUGUGGCUGCUGUAAACUCUGUGCGAGGCAGUAUAAUGAGGACUGCAGUGCCACCGAGCCCUGCGAUCAUAUUAAGGGGCUACGCUGCCAUCUGGGGGCCGGAGGAGACCCCGAGAGAGGACUGUGUCGAGCUGAGGCCCAGGGUUUGCCCUGUGAGUUCAGUGGACGGGUGUACCAGCAUGGCGAGGACUUCCAGCCCAACUGCCAGCAUCAGUGCACCUGUAUGGACAGGGUGGUGGGCUGCAUGCCCCUCUGUCCUCGUCAAGUGCCACUGCCCGACUGGCGCUGCUCGCGGCCCCGGCUGGCAAGGCCCGAGGGCGGCUGCUGCGAGGAAUGGGUGUGUGACGACAACAACCACAUCAGGGAGGAGCCAGACGAGCUGUCGCACACCUCCCUGCCAGACAGCCGGGCCCUUCCCAACCACAUCAGUGCCCUGCUGCAGGCCGGGGCCACACUCAGAGAGAUGGUGUCCUUCCCCAUGUCUGAGGUUUUACUCAAAUCCAGCUGUUUCCCACAAACCACUGAGUGGACCGAGUGUUCCACUACGUGCGGGAUGGGCAUUUCAAGUCGAGUGAGUAAUGACAACCCAGACUGUCGGCUGCUCAGAGAAACCCGACUGUGCCAGAUCCGCCAAUGUGAGCUGCAGCUUCCUGUAGCUAGCAAGAAGUGGAAGAAGUGUCAGCGAAUUGUCCGCCCCCAGGAACCAGUCACAAUCACCUUCGCCGGAUGCUCGACUUCACAGCGGUACCGCCCUCGUACCUGUGGGACUUGCACCGACGACCGCUGCUGCACACCCUCCCUCUCACGCACUGUGAUGCUCCGCUUCCACUGCCCUGAUGGAGAGGGCUUCUACAGAAAGGUCAUGUGGAUCCAGCGCUGCAGCUGCAAUACAAGCUGUUGUAUUCACAGCGGGCCCUCCAGCCCCUCGGUCAGCCUCCACAACGACAUCCACACCUUCAGUCACUGAGGCUGACUCUUCAGGCCCACACUGGGCAAAGACUCUGCCCCUCCCCCUGCCUAAGCCCACCACCCCUGUCAGCUGGGUGAGCCCCUGCCUACCCCCCUCCCUACACUCGCUUGCACUUUAAGCGUCCUGCUGCAGUGACAUCAGUCUGUCCACACUAGUGUUACUCCUCUUGUGCAAGGCAGCACUGAGGACAACAGGCAGCGGCAUGCUGUGUUAGUCUGUUGGCAGAAGCUUUUACUGACACUUCUUUUAUUUCAGUGUGAUGUUGUGUCCUCUCCACAGAGAGCCGUGUGACCGUCUGUCACACAGAAAGAAGCUUGUUAAACCAGUCAAAGGGAACAUUUAUGACAAGUGAUGAAAAUGAUGGACAUGCAUUUGAAAUAAUGAGGAAGAACUAGUUGACAUAUUCAUUAGUGACUAUAGGGGCUAUGUGUUCUUUAUUACCUAUCUUUUGUGAUACACCUGUACUGAUUGUGGCAUUGAGUGUGUGUGUGUGUGUGCGUGUGUGUGUGUGUAGUUGAAAGUGUCUGUUUGAAGGAUGAGAAACUUUCACAAGUGAGAGUUUACAGAGAAUGUGCUCAUUAUGCUCCUACAGUAUAUUGAUUAAAGAAUAUAAUGUAUAUGGACUUCACUCUUAGUUGUGGAGUGGCAAGUACUAGGAUCACCUCAUUUUUCGGGGUGUGAUUUUAUAUUUUUUUUGUGUGUGUGUGUCCUUCACAGUGUACAUACAAGGUCUUAUUUUAAGGAGUGAAAUGAUGCUAUGUAUUUAAGACAUGUUACACAUGUUCAUCCAAUAUAUUGUCUGUAAUUUCCUGCACAUCAAAUAAAAAUGUAUCA